ACGCCGUCGCGUCAGGUCCAUGACUUCCGGCGGAAGAAGAAGCCGGUUCCGGGUUUUGGCCGACUGCAGGCGAGAAGUAUGUGAUAAGGACUCUCUGAAAGUUUGCUGAUUUGAGAAGGCCCCUUCUUGUUCAAUGGAUGAUGGCAUUUGAGCAGAUCCCAAAAAAGGAUUGGUACAGCAUUCUGGGGGCAGACCCAUCUGCCAGUGUGUCAGACCUAAAACAAAAGUAUCAAAAACUCAUAUUAAUGUAUCAUCCAGAUAAACAAAGUGCAGAUGUGCCAGCAGGAACAGUGGAGCAAUGUAUACAGAAGUUCAUCGAAAUUGAUCAGGCAUGGAAAAUUCUAGGGAAUGAAGAGACAAAAAAAGAGUAUGACCUGCAGCGGCAUGAAGAUGAUCUAAGAAAUGUGGGACCAGUAGAUGCUCAAGUAUAUCUUGAAGAAAUGUGUUGGAACGAAGAUGAUAACUCUUUUUCUCUGAGUUGCCGAUGUGGUGGAAAAUACAGGGUUUCCAAGGAUGAAGCAGAAGAAGUUACCCUGAUUUCUUGUGAUACAUGUUCUUUAAUUAUAGAACUCCUUCAUUAUGGCUGAAAUUGUUCACUAAAUGAUCCUUUAACUCUGUAUUCAGACAUGUUGAAGAGAGCCCAUUCAAGUAAAUGUAUAAAGCUGAUAAAAAGAAGUAGGAUUCUUUUUUUUGGUCAGCUUUUAUUUGCAGAGAAAGUAUAAGACUGUCAAGCAAGGGCUACCCCAGAUUAACAGAAAAUUCAUUCAAUUAUUUAUAUGUAUUUAUACUUUCUAUUUAUAGAUCCCCCCCCCCCAAAGACUUGAAUUAUUAAGUUCUAUUUUGUGAAUUCCCAUCUGAGAACUUUGUUAUUUGGUCCAUUUUCUCCUUGGUGUAAAAUAAGAAUUUUCCUUUUCUUUAAGUCUGUCUCUUCUUAUAAUGGGUCACAGUAUUAUAAUGUUCCUUUAUAGUUACUGGGUUUCUGAAGUAAACAUGACAUUUCUAGCUGCUAAAGUUACAGGCCUAUUGUACAAGUAUCUCAAAGUCUCAAGUCAUUAAGAUUAAACUGUAAUCUUUGUAAAUAACAUGUGAGCCUAGUACUCCCAUAAUGAGGGCUGGAUAUGGAUAUUCAUGAAGUUAUUUCAAAGUUGAUAAAGAAGGUGAAAUGACAACUUUAGAAAAGAGAGCUUUUGGAGUAAAGACUUGACUCCAGUCCUGGCAACUCUAUUUCCAGAUUCUUCAUGUGGCUACAUUAAAGGGAAUAAAGUUUAAACAAUGCCAUCUUCAACUUUAAAUGUAACUUAGGAAUGGUAGCUCGAAAAAAUAAUAAUAAUCUGAAACUGUCACAUUACUUCCUUUUUUAUUUCAAAGUACUAAGUAUUAAUUCCUGUAUUUAAGAAUAAGGAACCAUUGCAUUGCUGGUAUGAACAAAUGGACUUUUAUAAUGUUAUUAUUGAUUAUAAUGGAUUUUAUUUUUCUCUGUAUUUGAUACUCUAUAUACAGUAUAAGUCAGGAAUCAUUUUAAAAGAUUGAGGUAUCCUUUAUGGGAUCACUGGAACUGUAAUUUCAAAAGAGUGAACCAAGUAUGUGACUUAGCAGGUUUUUAUUGGUUGAAUUCAUGGUAUUACUGGUUUGGACUUGAAAGACUAGUUAUUACUCUGAUGCGUAAAUGUAGCAAAAGUAUGAGGCACAGUCAAGAAAAGAUUACUUUUAUUAUAAUUAUUAAACCAAAAAUUCAGAAGUGAGGUGGUCAUCCAGGUUUUUUCCCUAAAAAUAUUUUUAUAUCUAUCAUAAAUGUUAGAUUUCUUUUCUUGGAUUACAUUUCUAUCCAUAUAUUUGGAACUAAUAGCACUUACAAUAUGUAUUGUUUAUUCUUCCAUAUAACAAUUACAAAUGACUAAAACUAAGUAGCAAAUAGUUUGUUAGUUAAGUACAUGGAUUCAGGGGCAAUAAUAAAUUCACUUGGAGAGAAUAAUCAAAAGAAUAAAUGCUUGCUAAUCAUCAGAAAAUCGGUGGCCAUUAGGGCUGUCACGGAGAAAUCCAAAAUCACUCAGAGGCCAAAUCUGUAAAAUUGAAAUGUGAUUGAAGACAGUUAAUGAAAGUGUUACAUCAUCAUCAUUCCUUUUAUUCAUCCCUUUUCUCUGUGCAAUGUAAUUAAACACUUUCUCCUUAUUUUUAGUCAAGAACAAAUUUUCUAUACAAAAUGAGACUUUACAAAGUAAAUUUGUAUGUGUAUAUGUAUUUAAACUCUAAACUUUGGAACACUGAUAUGUUAUACAAGAAUUUAUAUGUUAUGUGGUAUAUGAAUGUAUUAUGUGUGUCUGUGGGUUUUUUUUAACUACCCUCAAAGUUAACUCUAAACCCAAGGAUUUAAGUAUAACCUCUGCGUAAGUAAAGAAUCCUGCAGAUUAUCCAAUAGCAUUCAUGUGUUUUUCUUCUUACUGCUGUGUUAAAAAGGAGGAGCCAGUGAAAAUAAUCAUCUUUCCUAAGAGUCCUACAUUUAUUAUAACCGUGUACAUAACUGGGAUAUCCCCACUUAGCAGUGUAGUUUGACUACACUGCUCUUCUGCAAAUGCAUACUUAUGUCCAAGAUAGAAUAUAGUUGUACAAGUUGUAUGAGGAAGAAUUACAUUCUGGAGAUAUAAAUUAAAGGCUUCUUAUAGCUAAGGUUAUUUGAACUUUAUUAUUCAAACAAUUACUCUUAAUUACCUGUCUCAGUAGGGAAAAAGGUAAUGUUAAUAGCUACGAAGGCCAGCAUGUUCAUAAAAUGUAGCUGCUGUAACAGUUAAGUCCAUUGACAGCCUGAAUAUUUCAAAGCUCAUUUUGAAAGAAAAUAUUUUUCUUCCAGCUCAGAGAAGAAAACCUACAUUUUAACCAGAAAAUAAUACCUUAAAAAAGAUUCGUCCUCUUAUUAGUCCAUAUGGAAUAGGUCCAUAAUAUCUGGAAUCUGUAGAAUUCUGUAGAUUAUCACCUUCUAACCAAACAUGACCUGUUGGCACCUAGAUUUAGAGAAGAAAACAGCCCAUUUAAAAAAACAAACAAAAAACUAAAUAUGGUAAUAGGGAGAAAUGUCUUAAAGUUCUUGUUUAUAAAACACAUACCCUAUGAUUUGUAUUUUUGCUUUUAUUUUGUGCACAAUAAAAUAUCUUUUAUUAAAUACCAGUAAUGUUAAGGUUUUGUCAUUUUAAAAGACCUAUCUUUUUUGCCACAUGGUUCCCAAACAUUAAUUUGUUACACAAACCCCAAACUGAGGUUAUAAGAGAUCAAAACAGUGUGACAGGGUCAUUAAUUUAAUAGACUUCAAAAGAGGUCAUUAGGAUGCUGACUGAAAAUGUGCCCUCCUGUCUCUAAAACAGCAUAAGCAGGGCAGCCACUCACUCAGCAACAUCCUGGGGCCAGUACCAAGGCCAGACCUAUUAGAGUGCUCAUGAUGAACUAAAUGGUAAUUGAUUGUGACAUCAAUUACAAAUAAUCUCAUCAUUUUAUUGGAGUGGGCUUGUCAGAAUUCUAAUUAAGAUCCCUGUUCUGCCUUUGUACAGGCCAUAUCUUCAAUGCAUUAUACUUCAAUAAUGACCAUCAGGAACUAGAAGGACUUAUUAUAAAAUCAUCAGUUGUAAAAUUAAUGAUGGUGACCUUCUACUAAAUCAAAGACCCUAUCUCCUAUAUUGUCCUACGUACUAACUGGUAAAUAAUGUUUACAAUUUUACUCAAUGUAAACCAUAAAAAUAUUUAGAACAUAACAUGUUAACUUAAAAAAAAUGAGCUCUGUGAAAUGAAAUAUUUGCCCAUUAAAAAAUUACUCUGCAGCAAUAAUCCUUAAAGUAGCACUUUACAAUACAAGUUAUUUUAUAGUUUCUUUUACCCCAGAAAACUUGAAUUACUGACCAGACCGAGAUGAUCUACUGGGAAGGAAUUUAUUUUCACUUUUCUUUUGACUAGCUUUUUAUGACUUGGGAACUUUACAUGAAGAAAAAUACUCCUAUUGGGUUAAAUAAGAAAUGACUGCAAAUUUUCAAAAUGUUACAAAUUACUGCUUUUUAUUUAUUUAUUUAUUAAAUUUUUUAUUUUCCAAAUUACUGCUUUUUAAAGACUUUAUUUUUUAGAGUAGUUUUAGGCUAACAGCACAAUUUCCCUCCCAUCUCCUGCCCCCAAACAUUCAUGACCUUCCCCACUAUUGGCAUCCCCUACCACAGUGCUGUAUAUUUGUUAUACUUGGUGAACCCACAUCAAUAUCAUAAUCACCCAAAGUCCAGAGUUAAUUUAGGGUUCACUCUUGAUGUUGAACAUUCAAUGGGCUUGGACAAAUGUAUGACAAGUGUCCACCACUGUAGUAUCAUAGAAUAUUUUCACUGCCCUAAAAACCUUGUGUGAACCUUGUGUGAGCUGCCUUAUUCGUGUCUUCCCCCCCCCUACCUCCUAUAUUACCUUUUGGAAAAAUAAAUGUAUACAAGCAUGUAAAAGAUGAAUUUCACUUUGUAGCAGAGAUUAUAUAAUUUUGGAAUGUCUUAUGUAGGAAUAUUUGUUCAAAACAAAUCAAUUAUUUUAACUACAUACACUUAAAUGUUAAAUCUAUUUGUAGAGAAAAAUUUCCUGAAAGAGUAUCAGAUGCUGUAAGAUCACUUAUUUUCCCCCCCACUAUUAGUGGAACCAGUUAUAGGGCUAAGAGCAAGACUAAUUCGUAUCUGUUUAAGUGGAUUUAUGGAUUUAUGUGCAAUGAACCUUAAUAUUGUUCAGGUAGAAAAAUGAAUCCAUCUCAGAUCAUAGAUGAAAAAAAAAAAAAACCACCC